AUGAUAAUUAUUCGUCGACAAACACGGUUUUUUCUACAUGAAAUUCGUCGUACAUUAAUUGCUGAACGUAUUCCACAAUAUAAAGAACGUUCGGCUUUAUUACCCGGUGGUCUACAUACUCCAUUUCCUACUGUUGUUGAACCCGAUAUUGAUUUAGAAUUAUUAUUCAAAAGUCAUGAACAAUUACAAGACAAUCUUCAAAGAAGACAUUGGAUUGUAGAUGUUAAAAAAGUUGAACAUGAUUAUCAACUUUGGAAAAAAUUAAAUAGACAAAUAGCUGAAGCAACAGCAAAACGACAAUCUCAACCAGAAGAAUUACGUCAAUUGGGUGAACAAUUAUAUUCUUUAAAUGCAAAAUUUCUUGUUGCAUGUUUACGAUUACCAGCUCCAUUACAUACAGCUGUACCUCAAUCAAGUAUACCAAAAUUAUUAUUUGAAUAUGGUAGUCAAAGAAAAUCAAGUUUAACUAUGAGAUCAUGGCGUGAUUUAGCAGAAGUUACAUCAAUUGAUGCUGCACCAUUUUCAUCAUUUGCAUUUGGUGAAUUUGCUCAGUUAGAAUAUAUUUUAUUGAAUUAUUUUAAUAAAAGUCUCGAUACAUAUAACAUGCAAUUUUGUGCAGCUGUUAAUGUUGUUAAAUCAUUCGUAAUUGAAGCAUUUGGUUACCAUUUUUCGGAUAUUAAAAAUGUAUUUAAUAUUGUUGUUGAACAUGAUGCGGAUGAUGAAAAUAGUGUAGAACUUUUACAUCUAUUUGGAACAUCAACACCACUUGGAAUAGUAUCACCUUUUAUACGUACAAAUUUUCUAUCAAAUGCUCUACCAUAUUAUGUAUAUUCAAUUGGACGAAAUUAUAGUCCUCAUAUCGGACAAUCAUCUUGUAUUGAAUUACUCGCAUUCUCCAGUGAACGUUCUCAGCAUUUACUUGUUGAUGAUCAUCAGAGAUCUGAUGAUGAACGAUCAAAAAAUUUCGAAGAAAUGCUUAGAAAAUCAAUUCAAUAUUCACCAACAUUAAAUCCAAAUGAAAUCAAUUUAAAAUCAAAUUCUAUUGAUUUUAUUUUUAUACAAUUAGCAGCUAUAAUAACAAAUUUAUAUUAUCGUUUAAAUUUACCAAUACGUGUAUGUCUUUCUCCAUCAUAUGAACUCUUAUCAUAUGAAUCAUUACGUUUAACAAUUGAAGUUUAUCUUCCAUCACAAAUUGAUUAUGUACGUGUUGGAUCUGUUUCAUUAAUUGAUGAUUAUCUUGCACGAAGACUUAUGAUUAAACAUAAUGAUAAUAAAAGUUAUGUUGCAAUGGUACAUGCACGUGUUGCAGAUGUAUCACAAUUAUCGAAAUGUGUUCUAGAAGCUUCACAAACAAUUGGUAGAGGAAUUAAAUUACCAGCAGCAUUAUCAAUUCAUUAA